GAUGCCAACAGUGGCACCGAGGAGAACUGCCCGGGUUGUGUUGGCGCCUGACUGUCAACGCUUCCGAUAAACGACUCGAUCAUCAUGAGAGAAAGAUUUCCUGUCGGAGUGUGCCUCGCGGUAAUUUUGCUUUCGUUGUUACCGCUUUCCGAAAGCAGCGGACCUGCCGCGACUAGUUCGCCCAGUUUGCCUCGAUCACGCGCGAUUCCGCAAAACAAACGACAACACACGCGACCAUGGAAUCCCAGCAACCACAUUGACGUCAACGGAUUCUUGUCGGGGCUUUACGACCGCAUUCCGGGAGAAUGGGAAGAAGAAGUCCGCUUGCAAACAUCGUUUGGUACCGACUUUCCGUGUCAGAUCCGGCAGGUCCCUGGCGACGGCAACUGCCUCUUUCAUUCCAUAUCUCUAUGUUUACAGUACGCUGCCAACGGAACGCAUUGGGAUUUGAACACCAGUGAUCGCCGGGGCUUGGAUGCUUUGUACGAACAUUCUCAGACAUUACGGCGCAAGGCCGUAGAAGUGCUCCAACACUCGCAGCGUCGCCUAUUCCUCCAAGGUCGGGAAUCACUGCGAGCGCACGAACUCGUUCAAGCCGCCGCACAACAGUACAACUUGAGUCCGGAAGAAUAUUGCGCUUCCAUGCAGCAGGAUUCCGUGUGGGGCGGAGGUCCCGAAAUUGUCGCCUUGUGCAAUGUUUUGCAAAGACCAAUACACGUGUACGAACUCGCUAGCACCACAACACGCUCGAGUAGGAAUGACGACGAAAGGCAAUCUUUUGUGCUCCGCCGCAUGGCCUGUUUCGGAUCACCCAAGUUCGAUCGUCGGCAGCCCCUGCAUAUUUUGUCGGCCGAUUCCCGGUUUCCUGACGUGACGCCAGGGCAGCAGCUGGCUUCGGGCAAUCAUUUUUUGGCCCUCUUUCCGCAUGAACGCAAGGUACGUCGCAAACAACGGCUACGUGGAGGGUUUGUACGGAAGUGUGUUACUGUAAGUAAUGCAAGGCAAACCGACCAAGACGAUGAACCGCACCUUAACGAAGACGAGGGAAAGCAGCCAGCUGGGCAACGUCGUCACGGGAGAUUUACUCAAUGGUGGAGGCAGCUGCUCCUUUCGCUAUGA